AGCAGCUGUACUAUGUUACACAAACGGUGUACGAUGUUUCCAAUGAACUAAAAAAUUUUGUUUGGUAUUUCUAAUUGUAUUUCUAUUGUUAAAGAGUGGAUUUUAUUACUAUCUGAAGGCGUUAUAUACACUUGUGAAAAUGUGGCCAAAAAACCAAAUUCGGAACUUGCACAUGGCGAUUGCAUGUAUGGCGCGUGGUGUUGGCCGCCGCUCUAAUCCCGGCAUCGGGCAUCAGCUCAGCAGCAUGGAAAGCGUUGACGAACGUUUAGAACAAGAUCCUGAGGGAUUCGGUGACUUGGAAUCGGACUUUAUGACAGCUAAUCAGACGCAUCGACAAUAUGAACGUGAAAUGAUUGAACAACGUGAACGAGUUCGACACAUUAUGGUUAAACAUAAAUACUUCCGAGAUACAAAGUUACCGAAUUUGUUAACUUAUUCUGAGAAAGAGCAAAUACGUAUGUUGCAUGCACGUGACCCUGAGGAGUGGUCCGUUGAACGUUUGGCUGAAAGUUUUCCAGCCACAACCGAAAUUGUGAAAAAAAUUAUAACCGCAAAAUGGCAGGCACGUACUGAACAUCGCAUACGCAAACACGAUGAAGUGGUUAUACAGAAUUGGGAAAAAUUCCGUUCAGAUCCGAAAUUAUUGCAAUUACCUCCCGAUUUUCAAGCUCAUUUGCAAAAAUUUGCCACGAGGCAAACGGAGGACUUGCGUAUGCUUUCUGAAAGGCUGCCCCCUAGUACAGCUUUGCCGCGUCCAAUAAAACAAGAAUUUCUCUCCAUUAUUACAAGUUGUGAUAAAUAUGCCGAAAAGGAAGACGUACGCCAAAUUACCUCAGGAAGUACAAAAAAUAUUGAGAAAAUGCCAAGUGCUACUUCAGCGGAAGAUGAAACGUAUUUGCUAGAAAAAAUUCACGAUAAACGAAGAAUGCGCAUACAAGAGCUGAAAAAGUUUAAACUAUCCCCAAUCGAGUUAUCAGUUUCCGCUAAUGAAAAUCACACAGUUAAUCGAGAAAAGAUUGACGAGCAGUCAUCUUCGAAAUUGCAAAAUCCGAACGGAACUGGAAUAGUUUCGAAGUCUUCACAUAAUAACCCAUUUGCUAAUUUCAAUAUACUCGAAAAAUAUGAAAGUAACGAAAUUGUUAUCAGCGCUGAGGAUCAGAAACGCUUUGAAAUAACGCGCGUCAAAGAUCACAUACAUAUUCCACGUAAAGUAUGGCGCAAAGGUGCAACCUAUCGUGUUGAGGAUGCAUAUUAUGAUGAUGAUGGGGAACUCCUGUAUCGUGUACCGGGCAUGUCAGGAAAGAACUAAUAGAACUGCUUUAUAUACAUAUUAUUCAAAGAUUUGUUGAAAAUAUAGUUCAUAGUAUGUAUGUAUAAUUAGAAAACAACCAAAAAUAAAAGUAACUCGUUUCAAAAACAAUUACUUAAAAUUUUUAUAACAUCAUCCAUUAAUAAUAAACCAGUUUAAUGUAUGUCCGGAAAAUCUAAAUCGUUUUGAUAUUUUAUCAUUUGUAUGGUUUUUUUUUAACAUAACGACAUUUAUUAGAUUGUGUAGGAACUCCCAAAAAAAUUAGAUAUUUAUAUAUACGUAUGUAUGUGUAGUAAUGUUUAUUCAUGUUUAUUGUACAUAGUCUUUAAAGUGAUGAUGAUUAAAGCAAAUGUGACAGCUAAUUUUAAAUUAGUUAACGGAAGGUAACAAGAAAAUUAGUAAAUAAUGGACAUAUGUAUAUUAUAUAUAUUUAUAUACUCCACUAUGAAAUAAAUGUAAACUAACAUAAGUUAUGUGAAGUAGUGUUUAUAUUUUGACAGUGUGAAUAAUCGUAGUUUUUAAAGGCGUUUUAUAGUAGCAUAUAGCUCGUUAACUAUUUUACAUACGACUUUAGCUUCCUGUUUAAGCUUUUUUAAUUUUAUUUGUUUUCUUUUAAAAAAUAAACAUAAAAUCAACACUUAGUGUUCUACAGUAAUAUUAGCAUGUACAAAUGUAUAUAUAUAUAUAUUUAUAUACAUAUAUAAAAUCUAAAUAUACACAUACUCUUGAAUAAUAAUAUUUUAACAAUACAAUACAUAAAAUAAUAAUAAUAUUCUGUCACUACAUAUACUUGUACAAUAAACUCGUAUUUUCUGUAAUAUAAUUAGAAUACAAUUGCAAAUCAAUCAAAUUCAAUUUAAAUAACCGAUUUCAUUUGUUUUCAACACGAUAUACAUAGAUGGUACGAACUUAGGCUAAGCCGUAAUAAUACAAAAGACAAAAGUUUGUAUAAGAAAAAGAAAACAAAAACAGAAAACACCGAAGAUAAGCAGCGCCAAUUUUUGUUCUUUAAAUUCGGUAUUCCACCACAAUUGCAUGUAGCGUUCCUGCGUACGUCCAUUAAAUAUUCAAAUGCACGACACACAAUUAGCAAAAGCAUGUUAAUAAAUACCUUAGUAAUUAUUUUUCAAUAUAACU